UUCAAUAUACAGAAUCAGUAUUUGUAACUAUAAACUUCAGAACAUCAAUUAUUUCCCCACCACACCCAUUUUAGCUCUCUCUGCAGUCUUCACUUCACCCAUGGCUGACCGGCAACAUGAAACCUCCUCAAUUUCCUACCACUCCGCUCCUCCUCCCACCAACAAACCUAAACGAAACUACUAUGCUUUUGCUUGUUCAACCAUGGCUUCCAUGGCUUCCGUCUUACUCGGCUACGAUAUCGGUGUAAUGAGUGGAGCAGUAAUUUUCAUUCAAAAGGAUUUUCAGAUCUCCGACGUGAAAUUGGAAAUUCUUGUUGGGAUUAUAAGUCUUUACGCAAUUAUAGGCACAGCUGCUGCUGGUAGAAUCUCCGACUGGAUUGGCCGCCGUUACACCAUGGGCCUCGCCGCAGCAUUCUUCUUCGUUGGAGCUAUUCUUAUGGGCUUAUCUACUAACUAUUCAUUCCUCAUGUUCGGUAGGUUCUUCGCUGGUAUCGGAAUCGGGUUUGCCUCAUUGAUUGCUCCCGUUUAUACCACAGAGAUUUCUCCUGCGGCCUCUCGUGGUUGCUUUACUUCAUUCCCGGAGAUAUUCAUUAAUGUGGGGAUAUUGCUGGGUUAUGUUUCAAAUUUUGCGUUCUCGAAGCUCCCAACUCACUUGAGUUGGCGUUUCAUGUUAGGAAUUGGUGCGAUUCCCUCAAUCAUCUUAGCAAUAGUUGUGUUAAUAAUGCCUGAAUCCCCACGUUGGCUUGUAAUGAAAGGUCGAAUCUCUGACGCCAAACGUAUCCUCGACAGAACAUCCGUCUCCAUCGAAGAAUCACAACAAAGACUCCUUGACAUCAAACUCGCCGCAGGGAUUCCUCUAAACUUCUCCGGUACAGAUCACGAUCCCAACCUCAUCCCUCCACUCUCCAACUCCACCACCAAAGGCGAAAGCGUGUGGAAAGAACUCUUCAUCCACCCAACUCCCCCCGUCCGUCAUAUCUUAAUAGCCGCUAUUGGACUCCAUUUCUUCCAACAAGCCUCCGGUAACGACGGCGUCGUUCUUUACAGCCCAAGAAUCUUUGAGAAGGCCGGAAUCACCUCCUCUGAUCACAAAUUACUCGCUACAGUGGCUGUCGGAAUUGUCAAAACUGCCUUCAUUUUAGUUGCUACAUUCUUUCUUGACAGAAUGGGACGACGCCCGUGUAUACUUACAAGUGUGGCGGGGCAGACAGUUUCACUGGCCACCCUAGGCUUCAGUCUAACAAUCAUCAAUAAUUCUCACGAAAAAGUCAAAUGGGCUAUAGUUUUGUGUAUAGCUAUGGUACUAUCAAAUGUUUCAUUCUUCUCCAUAGGAUUGGGUCCUAUGGCGUCAGUGUACACAUCGGAGAUAUUCCCACUAAGGCUACGCGCUCUAGGAGUAAGUGUUGCUAUAAUGGCAAACAGAAUUACCAGUGGAGUAGUGACAAUGACGUUUUUGUCACUGUACCACGCAGUUACCAUCGGCGGUGCGUUUUUCCUCUUCGCUGGGAUUUCUGCAGUGAGUUGGUUGUUUUUCUAUGUGGUUUUCCCGGAGACAAGAGGCCAAAACUUGGAGGAUGUUGAAAAGCUUUUUGGUAAUUUUCCAUGGAGAAUGAAGAAAAGUAAGGAUACAACAAACAUAGAAGUGGAACUAAGAGGAUGAAGUGAUUUGAAGAUUGGGGAUAAUGGAUCAUAGAUUACUCUUUAAAUUUAUGUCUCUGUCAAACUUCCUAUCAUAAUACUGUUUUUACUCUAAUUUUCUGUCACACCAAAGUUUGUUGGGUUGAAUUUUAUUUUAAUCAACAUGUCGUAUCAAAGUCUUGUAUCCAUCUUUUUAAAGAUGUUAGGGUGUAUGAGUAUUUGUUCAAAAAGAUUCCAUGAUGAUGGGGAAUUCAAUUAAUAUCAAUUACCAAUAAUCCACCCCUUAUGUAUGUUUUGAAUA